AUGGCUACACCACGAAUGUUUCAGUUAGCAAAGGGUAAGCCAAUCAUUCCCGAGCCUGACAAGGCAACCGCAACAAUUGUUCGAAGACAAGUAGAAGAAGUCAUUCGCAUGGCUUUACGGGGACAUGAGGGGGACCGUGUAAUUACCAGCUCUAGAGAAUUGACUGACGAAAAUGGAAGUCAUUUGAUCCGGUACACGGACUGGAGGGUUGGAAGAGAUUUGAGCGUUCAACCAACUAACCUCGAUCCCGACAUGGCCCUUUAUGAUUGGCAGGACCUGGAAAUCACAUCACCAGCGCUCUUCGCCACAGAAAAGUCUUUCGCCGAGGUUCAUCAUGUUCUCACAGCAAUUUGCAACAAUUUCUGGGUAUUUGCACCGGAGACCGCCGGCUUGCAUAUCCACUAUGGACGAGGCAAGGAUUGGAUACCAAUCCAUCAUCUGCGCCGAAUUGCUGCUUUUCUUUUCGCUGCUGAUCCAAUCCUAACGCAGAUGCAUCCUCCACACCGUCGGGGAAGAGAGUGGAGGGAUUAUUGCCUAAGCAAUAGACACUAUAGCACCUUAGCAUACGGCAUAUCGUCAGCACAGGUGGGUAGGCAUCUUGAAGUAGGUGACCUUGACGAAGGACACUAUAAGGAGGACCUCGUAACCAGUCGCCCUGGAUCAGCAACUAAACCUAAACCAGAGAAAAAGAAAGGCCCUAAAUUUAUCCCCAUUUUUAAACCAGGUACUCUCGAGGGCUAUAAGUUCGAUAAGGAUUUCUUCAACUCAGGUCGAUAUGCAUGGGCGGAAGAGGGGGAAUUUCUACCCGGGAGGCAGGUUGGUAAAUCUUUGGAUAUCAUAACCGCCGUUCGGGAGCUCUUGUCUGCCCCGAGCGCUCCAGUAAUAUCCACCUUGAUGCAACACUGGAGAAUCACCCGCUGCGCUUACAACUUCCUGGCUUAUGACGUGGAGAGAUACGGGGCGGUACAGUUAUAUGGAGCCCGUCUCCGAGCGCAGCCCAAGCGGACUAUCGAAUUUCGGCAAGCUACAGGUACAGUUAAUGCCGACGAGGUUGUCGCGCACGCAAGAAUAGCUGUGCGUCUAUGUGAGUUCGCCUGUGAAACUGAUAUCAAUGCUUUGUGGAUCAUGAUAUUAGAUUUUGUACAAGCUGAGAAACACCCAGCCUGGUAUGACGUUUUUAAUCUUCUAUUUGAACUCGGUCUGGUCGACGAAGCGAGAGUCAUUCAGAGACAGAUAGCAAAACAGCGCGGGAUUGAGAUUAUAAAUGAAGACCUCGGUACAUUUAAAGCACCACCCGUACCUCCCUCUCGCUGGAGUAGGUUUGUAUCUUGGCUGUCCAACCCAUUGUCAUCUCAACCAGAACCAGGCCAACGGGAUAACCCGCCCGAAACUAAUGCUGAAAUAAGUUCCAAUAUAGCCUACAGAGGGAUGGCCCGGCUCUAUCGUUAAGUAUUAUUCCUAAGAUUUAAAGCUUGGUAGGGCUGAAUCAAACGAGGCUUUAGAGGAGUUCUCUCAGCUAAGUCUGUUUGGAGCUUAUCACUGGCACUAAUGGAGAGCCUACCCCUAUGUAUAUUGGGAACGAUAUGAUGAGGAU